AGACGUUUGCUCUUCGAGUGGAGAAGCCAUCUGAUCAGGAGACUUUGAGACGGCUAAGAACCAUACUGACACCGGCUGUGGGUAUUAAAGAACUAUCAACUCUCUCACACUUCUUCCAGAAGUAAAACUGUGCACAUUUAUGGGUCAGACUUCCUCCACAAGCCUCAACAUGACUCCCCUGGUCAUGUCCUUUCUGUUCUGCUUGCUAUCAUGUGCAUCGCCCAACAAUGCAGACAAUGUACUUACUGGAUUUUGUGCUGGUCAGCCAGGAAUUCCAGGGACUCCAGGACGGAAUGGGCAUUCAGGGAUGGCAGGUCGGGAUGGGCGAAGUGGGAGGGAUGGAAUGCCUGGAAUACCAGGAGGGAAAGGUGACACAGGCUACACUGGGCCAAAGGGGGAGCUGGGUGAUGACGGGAUACAUGGGAUACCUGGGGAGAAGGGAGUGAAAGGAGCCGGCACCCCCAGCUUCAACUCCGCGUUCAGCGCCAAACGCUCCAAGACGCACAUUUUCCCCCUGACUGACGAGCCGGUCCAGUUCGAUGUGGUUCUGCACAAUGAUCAGCACCACUACAACCCAGCCACGGGGAAGUUUACCUGUGAGAUCCCUGGCCUCUACUACUUUGUGGUGCACUCCACUGUUUUCCGAACCAGCCUGCAGUUUGACAUCAUGAAGAACAAUGUGACCAUCUCCUCGUUUUUCCAGUACUUCGCCAACUGGCCAAAGCCAGUCUCGCUAUCGGGUGGAGCCCUCACCCACCUGAACCCAGGGGAGCAGGUGUGGGUGCAGGUGGUGGUGGGAGAGUACAACGGGAUUUACUCCAGCACAAAGACAGACAGCAGCUUUAUUGGGUUUCUCCUCUAUUCUGACUGGAAAAAUGCUCAUUUAGUGUAUUAAUAUCCACCACUUCGCUUGCUGUUACACCUUGCAUGGAUUAUUGCAUCAAAACUGAAUUUUAAACGUUAUAAUUAGAUACACUGUCGUUAGAGAUGUACUGUAUCUCUGAUCAGAGCAUCAGCACCUGUCCAAUUUGCCUAAAAUGCACAGCAGACUUGAUGUCUGAUUAUAAAAUGAAAUGUUUAUUCUCAA